CAGCGUGCACCGCGGAGGCUUCGCGCAUGACAACUAGGAACCGGGACUCCUGUGUGGCCGCUUCUUCUCUCUGCUGAGAGUUUCAGAGGUUGUUGCCAUGGAGCCGGCCUGGCGACAACAGGGCAAGGGGCGUGGCCGGAGUCAGGAGAGUCAAGGUGAAAGGUCGCGACCCCCGCAGAAAGAGAGGGAGGGGCCGGGGGCAUCGGUCCGGUCCAAGUUCGAUGAGAUCCGGAAGUCCAACCAGGCUGCUGCUCAGCGAUUGGUGGAGAGCCGUGUGAGCUCCUCCUCCUCUGAUGAGGAGGAUGAUGAGGACGAAGAGGUCAAGGUUGACCACAAGGACGGAAAGAGAGGGAAGAUCCUGGCGUCGACCUUCACCACCUACACCGACCAGACAGGUGGUGAUGCGACAGGUCUGGUGAGAACCGGUCAGUACGUCAGUGAUUUGUUUCAGUCCGGAGCGCUCACCUGUUUGAUCUGCAUUGGCUCCGUGAAGAGGACACAGGCGGUGUGGAGCUGCUCCAGCUGUUUCUCUCUCUUCCACCUGCCCUGUAUUCAGAAGUGGGCCAGAGACUCGGCCUUCCUCGUUUCCUCCGUCACUGAUGAAGACUUCGGUCAGAAGCAGCAUCCCUGGCCCUGUCCAAAGUGUCGAGCAGAGUAUCCACCCAGUGCCACGCCCAACAGGUACAUGUGUUACUGUGGGAAGCAGCAGGACCCUCCAGCUGAUCCCUGGUUGGCUCCUCACUCCUGCGGCUCCGUCUGUCAGAAGCAGCUCAAACCCACCUGCGGACACACCUGUCUGCUGCUCUGUCACCCUGGUCCUUGUCCCCCGUGUCCAAAGAUGGUGUCUGUUUCCUGUCUGUGUGGCAGAGCUAAGCCCCUCCCCCGUCGCUGUAGCAACAAGGCCUGGUCGUGUCAGCAGACAUGCAGCAAGUUGUUACCCUGCAAACAGCACAACUGUACACAACUCUGUCACACAGAGUGUCGUCCCUGUCCCAGAGUCAGUAUUCAGAGGUGUGUGUGUGGAAGAGAACAAGCAGAGAGGAGUUGUUCCAGUCCUCAGUGGAACUGUCAACAGGUGUGUGGCUCUCUCCUCUCCUGUGGGAAUCACACCUGUGAGGUUUUGUGUCACGAUGGCGUUUGUCCUCCGUGUCCUCGCUCCGUCAGCAGAUCCUGUCCCUGCAGCAAGACCAAGUCCUCUCUGCCCUGCACAGAGGAAGUGUUGCCGUGCGGCGACACGUGCGACCGCCGUCUGUCGUGUGGAAAACACACCUGUUCAAUGAGGUGUCACCGAGGAAGCUGUGAGACCUGCAGACACGAGGUGGAGAAGGAGUGCAGGUGUGGUAAAUACAGGAAGUUCAUGCCGUGCCAUAAAGAAUACCUGUGUGACUCCAAAUGUCCAAAAACCAGAAGUUGCCAGAGACACCAGUGCAGAAGAAAGUGCUGCCCUGGUAACUGCCCCCCAUGUGACCAGAGCUGUGGUCGCACUCUGGGGUGUCGCAACCACAAAUGUCCCUCUGGCUGCCACCAAGGUAGCUGCUACCCCUGCCCCGAGGCCGUGGAGGUCACGUGUUCCUGUGGCACCACCGUCCUGUCCGUCCCUUGUGGACGAGAACGGAGCACCAGACCGCCUCGCUGCAAAGAGACCUGCAGGCAUCCCCCGUCCUGCCACCACCCGAGCAGAGAGACCCACCGGUGCCACCCCGGGCCCUGCCCCCCCUGCCGGCUGCCCUGCCUGCUACCGCUGCCCCGCUGCAGCCACACCUGCCCGCCGCCCUGCCACGACCAGGUGCUGGUCAAGUCCCAGCAGGUGCAGUUAGCCGGUCCGUGGGAGCAGCCCUCUGAACCAGCGUUUGUGCAGAAAGCUCUGCCUUGUCCACCGUGUCAAGUACCGAUACCAACGUCCUGUUUUGGAGAACACGAGGUCAGCGCGGUGCCGUGUCAUCGCCGAGGUCGAUUCUCCUGUCAACGACCUUGCGGACGACCUUUGACCUGCGGAAACCACGACUGCAGCCGGGAGUGUCACCUGGUAACCGACGGCAACAAGUGCAAGGUGUGUGAGGAGGGCUGCUCUAAGCCCCGCCCCCCCGGCUGCCCUCACCCCUGCUCCCGCCCCUGUCACCCCGGCAACUGCCCCACCUGCAGCCAGAUGAUCCGCCAACGCUGCCACUGCAAGAUCAGCCUGCUCUACGUGGAGUGCACGAAGUUGACGUCAGCUGAUGAACAGACGAAGGUGGAGUUGAGCUCCUGCAACAACCAGUGUCCUAAAGAGCUGAGCUGUGGUCAUCGCUGUAAGCAGGUGUGUCAUCCAGGUGUGUGUGAAGAGAAAUGUCAACAGAAGGUGAAGCUCAGAUGUCCCUGCAAGAGGAUCAAGAAGGAGUUCCUGUGCUCUUUGUCAAAUCAAUGUGUCGUUCAAUGUGUCGACGCCUGCAGAGACCAGCAGAGGAAAGUCAGCCAGGUGAAGGAGGCGGAGCAGAGAGCAGCUCAAGAGGAGGAGCAGAAGAAACUUCAGGUGAUCAUCACACAUUCAUUAAACUGCACUUAACGAGAUUAAGACAAAUUGAUGAAUUCAUCAUUAAGGCUUUAAUAACCGAGUACUUCAAUCCUAACAAGUGUAUCGUUGACGUUGAGCUAUUGUGUGUGUGUGUUUUAUUUUAAUCUAUAAUCACAGUAAUCGACAACAUAAUAAUUAGUUUUCAAGUCCUAAUCAAUGCGUUUGACCUCAGGAGGAGCUGGAGGCGUUCGAGAAGCGUCAGCAGCGAGGAGGGAGGAGGAGCAAGAAGCGAGGGAGGAGGGAGGAGGAGGUGGACGAGGAGGCGAGGAGGGCGGGCAGGUGGUGGAGAAGGUGCGCUGGCUUCGUCCUCGUCCCGCUGGGCGGAGCUCUGCUGUCCGCCGCCGCCUACUACCUCCUGACGGCGGCCUGAACCCGAUGAACCGUUCUUUGUUUCUCUCUCAUUAAUUAAUUAGGUCCUUUUUAUUUAAUCACUCUGCACGUUUUAAUUCAGUUUAUUUUCUUUAUUGAUUGUUGAGUUUCCAAGCCGACAAACAGCUAAAACAUUUGAUUUUACUUGUUUAGCAAACUGAAAGUAAUUUCUGUUAAAUUUCUCAAUUAGAGAUGAUUAUUAUGUGAGUUGUCGUCUCAAUUCAUUGUUCUGUUUGUCUGUCUGUAAAAUCGACACAUAUAUACAUAUAUAUAUAUAUAUAUAUAUAUAUAUAUAUAUAUUCAUUUUUAAAGAUACGUUUUUGUCGGUAGCUUCGGGAUUCGGAUAAUAAUAAUAAGUUAAUAUUUAGUUAAGGAGACGCCUCAGUUAGUCUUUUACUUUUCUCCUGAAAUGUUAAACAUUGUUUGGAUAUUCAGAUGUAAACUCAAUUCUUUUUUUUGCCUGCCUUUUUCAAACAUUAAAAAAUAAAAUGCAUAAAACAAUCGUUGCUUAACGAA